CAAGAAGAGCAAGGGAUGAUAAAACCAUGGAUGCUGUUGAUUGGGAAGUUGUUAGACAAGCAAAUGUUGAUGAAGUUGCGGAGAUAAUUAAAGAUCAAGGAAUGAACAAUGUCAUUGCUGGAAAAAUCAAGGACUUUCUUAAUAAAAUCGUUGAAGAACAAGGGUGUCCAGAUCUUGAGUGGCUUAGAGAUGUUCCACCAGAAGAAGCAAAGACCUACUUGCUGAACAUCUUUGGAAUUGGAUUAAAAAGUGUGGAAUGCAUUCGCCUUUUGACGCUUCACCAUGUUGCCUUCCCAGUGGACACAAAUGUUCGUCGAGUAGCAGUUCGGCUAGGAUGGGUCCCUUUGAAACCACUUCCGGAGGGACUCCAAAUGCAUCUUUUAGAAAUGUACCCUGUGGUGAAUAGUAUUCAGAAAUAUUUGUAUCCCCGAUUAUGCACUCUUGAUCAAGAAAAACUAUAUUUGUUGCAUUAUCAUCUAAUUACAUUCGGAAAGAUUUUCUGUACGAAGAGAAAACCUAACUGCAAUGCAUGCCCAAUGAGGGGAGAGUGCAAAUAUUUUGCAAGUGCAUUUGCAAGUCACAGACUUGACCUUCCUUCACCUGAGAGAAAAGAUAUCGUGACCACCCAAAACUUUGUUGCGAAAACGCCUUUGGUACUGCAGAUUGAUCCUGACGUAUCUGAUCGAGAAUACCAACACAUAUUUUCUAAACUAGGCUCAAAACAUCUUAGACAAAAGUGUGAACCUAUUAUUGAAUAUCCAGCUUCCCCAGGGCCUUCUGAACCAGAAGAUAUUGAAGAUCUUUUUAAAGUUUCUAAUGAACUUAAUGAUUUCGGGAAUUAUGAUGAUGACGACAUUCCUAUCAUCAGAAUUGACAGUGAAGCAUGUAUGAAUAAUAUUAUAGAAUAUGCAAAGGGGAGCAAUAUUUCAUUUGAAGGAGAAAAUUCAAAGAUAUUGGCUCUUUUAAAUUCAUCAAAUGCUCUGCCAAUGCCCCCACUUAAGCAUGCGGGCCGCUUAAGGACUGUGCACCAAGUAUAUGAGCUUCCAGAUGAUCAUCCUAUUCUAGAUGAUGUGGAUAAACGGGAUCCAGAUGAUCCAUCUCCAUAUCUUUUCGCAGUUUGGAAUGAAGGUAAACAUAGAAGUUCUGUUUCCCAUACUUCAUCCACAAGAAAACAAGUCCGCUAUAAUAUUGUAUGCAAUUGUUCUGAACCUGAUUGUGAAUCACUUGUUUGUGGAACUCUUCUGAUUCCUGUCCGUUCCGCAAAUCAUGGAACCUUUCCCCUUAAUGGCACAUACUUUCAGGUUAAUGAGGUAUUUGCUGACGAUGAAUCUAGUGAGAGGCCAAUUGUUGUUCCUAGAGAUUGGCUAUGGGGCCUCACAAGAAGAAAUCUGUAUCGUGGUACCUCUCCAGCAACAAUAUUCAAAGGCUUUACUCUGUACCAUAUUCAGCAUGCAUUUUGCAAAGGAUUUUUCUGUAACCGAGGGUUCAACAGAGAAAAAAGGUGUACUACUACUCUCGGGCACCGUUUCCACAUUAACACUAUGCAGCCAAAGGAAAAAGCCACAUGCCAUAAGCAGUAACGCAUAUGCUUCGUAAAUACAGAAGGCUUCUAGGUUCUGGCACUUUAUUUUGGUUAGCAGAAAGUGCUUUAACAUAUGAAAAAAGGAGAAAACAUGAUCGAUUUUUGAUUAAUAUAUCACAUAUGUG